CAAGAACUUCUCAGUUCUUCAGGGUGCUCUUUUAUCUCAGGCUUGUUCUUACAACAACAUGAAGAAUCUUCUAAAUCAUCAAAGUUUUCCUCUAUUGGCACUAGAUUUAAGCAACAACUGCAAUCAUUGCUUGAAACAUUAGUGCCACAGAGCCUCAUUACAUCCGUUGUGUAAAGCCAAAUAAUCUUCUUAAACCAGCCAUCUUUGAGAAUCAAAAUGUACUUAAGCAACUUCGAUGUGGGGGGGUUAUGGAGGCAAUUAGGAUUAGUUGUGCUGGAUUUCCCACUCGGAGACAAUUUGAUGAAUUCAUUAAACAUUUUUCUGUCCUUUGUCCUGAAGUUCAAAGUAGCAGAUAUGAUGAGGUCAUUGCUUCCAAGAAAAUUUUAGAGAAGGUUGGCCUCAAAGGUUAUCAGAUUGGCAAAACCAAAGUGUUUCUUAGAGCUGGUCAGAUGGCUGAAUUAGUUGCACAGCGUAAUGAGGUCAUAGGAAGAUCUGCAUGUACUAUACAGAGGAAUGUGCGCUCGUUUUUUGCCCGAAAAUUUUUUCUUUUGUUACAAGAUUCGGCAAUUAGAAUCCAAUCUAUAUGCAGAGGUCAGCUUGCACGCGACUUCUAUGAAUGGAGGAGGAGAGAUAUGGCUUCUUUGAUGAUUGGAAAAUUUGGACGUAUGUUCCUUGCAAAGAAAACUUACAAGUUGCUUUGCAUUUCUGUUGUUUCCAUCCAGACAGGACUACGAGGCAUGGCGGCUUGUAAUGAGCUUAGUUAUAGAAGAAAAGAAAAAGCAGCCAUCACUAUCCAGAGUCAUUUUUGUGGAUUCGUGGCUCGCAUUCAUUACAAGAGAAUGAAGAAAGCAGCGGUUACCACCCAGUGUGCAUGGAGGGUAAGAGUUGCUCGCAGAGAACUGCGCAAACUUAAAAUG